UCCCUGGAGGUCUUGCUGAACUCCAACUCCUUCACUGUGAUACGAGAUGAUGCCUUUGCUGGUCUCUUCCAUCUAGAAUACCUAUUCAUUGAAGGAAACAAAAUUGAAACCAUUUCAAGAAAUGCGUUUCGUGGCCUCCGAGACCUGACUCACCUUUCUUUGGCCAACAACCAUCUCAAAGCUCUGCCCAGGGAUGUGUUCAGUGAUUUAGAUUCUCUAAUUGAACUAGAUUUAAGGGGAAAUAAAUUUGAGUGUGACUGCAAAGCCAAGUGGUUGUUUUUGUGGUUAAAGAUGACAAAUUCCACUGUUUCUGAUGUCCUGUGUAUUGGUCCAGCAGAAUAUCAGGAUAAGAAGUUAAAUGAUGUGACAAGUUUUGCUUAUGAAUGCACCACUACAGAUUUUGUUGUUCACCAGAUUUUGCCCUACCAGUCAGUUUCAGUGGAUACGUUCAACUCAAAGAAUGAUGUGUUCGUCGCCAUUGCACAGCCCAGCAUGGAGAACUGCAUGGUGCUGGAGUGGGAUCACAUUGAAAUGAAUUUCAGGAGUUAUGACAAUAUCACAGGUCAGUCCAUAGUGGGAUGUAAAGCCAUUCUUGUUGGUGACCAGGUCUUUGUGGUGGUGGCACAGCUCUUUGGUGGCUCACACAUUUACAAGUAUGACGAAAGCUGGACAAAAUUUGUCAAAUUCCAGGAUAUCGAAGUAUCUCGCAUUUCCAAGCCAAAUGAUAUAGAGCUUUUUGAGAUAGACAGCGAAAUGUUUUUUGUCAUAGCAGAUAGCUCUAAAGCAGGUUUGUCAACAGUGUACAAGUGGAAUAACAAAGGAUUUUACUCAUACCAGUCCCUUCAUGAGUGGUUCAGGGACACCGACGCUGAGUUUCUCGAUAUAGAUGGGAAAUCACAUUUAAUCCUCUCUAGCCGGUCGCAGGUUCCCAUUAUACUCCAGUGGAACAAAGUUUCCAAAAAGUUUGUCCCACACAGCGAAAUCCCCAACAUGGAAGAUGUCUUGGCUGUGAAGAGUUUCAGGAUGCAAGAUGACCUGUACAUCACGCUCACGAGAUUCAUUGGCGACUCCAGAGUUAUGAAAUGGAAUAGCAAACAGUUUGUGGAGAUACAGGCUCUUCCAUCCCGAGGAGCCAUGACGCUGCAGCCUUUCUCCUUCAAGAACAAUUACUACCUGGCCUUGGGAAGUGACUACACCUUCUCCCAGAUUUACCAGUGGGAUGGUGAAAGGAAGCUCUUCAGAUUAUUCAAAGAAAUCUAUGUGCAGGCACCACGGUCUUUCACAGCUGUGUCAACGGAUCGAAGAGAUUUUUUCUUUGCCUCUAGUUUUAAAGGAAACACUCAAAUAUUUGAACAUAUCAUCAUUGACUUGAGUUUAUGAAAAGCUGCUGGAGUGAAAUUCAUGUAGAAUGACAUUUAUACACAAACAAAACAAAAAGAGACCUUUCCAAAAAUAGGGUGCACCUAUGGAUAUGGUGACAUUUUCUGAACUUUUCAAACUUGCGUAUUAAUCAGGGAUUGCAUUUACUUGGUUACUGCAUGACAUGUCCGUUUUAUCCUUUUUCAAAGACAUUUUGCAAUCUGCACUCAUUCAGAGGAGAGCGCAGUGCGUGAGGAUUAAUAUUGACAUCUAAAGAAUGAUCUAAAUUUUGCCCAGAAAAAUAUCUUGGAUUGAAUAUCUGAUAAAGAAAGCGAAGCCUAAGCCAUACAAAGCAUAGAAAUUACCUUGACUCUUAAAC